AAAAUGAUAAGGAUCCCUGAAACGUGGGACACGAAAAGAUGUCGGGUCUAUCCUAUUAAUCCAUAUCUUUGGAAUAUAUACAAUGGCAGAGGAAAAUCACUGCAUGUAUUUUGUGAGAAGAAAGAGACGUUAUUGUCGAAUGACAGUGAAGAAAGGAAAAAAAUACUGCGGCGAACAUCAAAACGUCUCGUCCGAAUUGAAUUGUUCUGACAAAGAAGCACUUGAAAAUAAACGAAUAAAAUGUCCACUUGAUCCGACUCAUACGUGUUACGAGUCUAAGCUGGCAAAACACCUAAGGGUGUGCAAUGCAAAACGUUUGAACGAUGCACGACCAUCGUUCAUCGUAAAAGGAAUUAAUGCUAACGAGACGCGCGAAGCACCACAGCCCGUGCCUCUUUCGAAAUUUAAUGAUCGAAUGAUAAAUGCAGUUAUAGACAAAGUGAAAGCUGUUUACGAAACGUUACCCCAAUUUCCUGAAAUAGUAUUGGAGCAUCAAAUACUUAAGGAUAAGAUAAAUGACAACUCUUGCGGGAAAUCUACCAAGAAACAUCUCCUGCAAAAUUCAUCAUUGCUGUCACAUUUGGAACGUGCAAAUCUUGUGAAAGAUGAUACAUGUUUCAUUGAAUUUGGGGCAGGAAAGGGGAAACUAACAUAUUGGUUGGGCCAAAUGAUAAAAUGCAAGAAAGACUGUUGUAUUUUAUUAGUAGAUCGUUCGAGUCACAGGCAUAAGAAUGAUAAUAAAUUAAGAAAUGAACAGUCUCUGCUUCUGGUGGAAAGAAUACGUGCCGACAUCGCCGAUUUGAAGCUGAAUGAUGUGACAGAAAUUCAGAGGUUUAAACAUAAAGUUGGCAUUGCAAAACACUUAUGUGGAGUAGCUACAGAUUUAACUCUAAGUUGCAUAGUUCAAGCAAUUCAAAGUGAACCUAAAUGCAAUGUCACUGGUAUAAUUAUUGCAUUCUGUUGUCAUCAUAGAUGUGAAUACGCAUCGUACGUUGGAAAAGAAUACUUGGAACGGUGUGGAUUUACGCCAAAUGAAUUUACAGUUUUGUGUAGUAUCGCCAGCUGGGCGACUUGCGGAUUUAGUUUAAAUAAGGCAGCUAAUACUUCAAAAACUCAAAAUAACUCAGAACAGACGAAAACGGACGUAAAAAGUUUAAGUUCAAAUGAAAGGGAAAAGAUCGGUCGGAAAGUAAAAUCAUUAUUGAAUUGGGGUCGUUUGGAGUAUUUAAAGAAAGUUGGAUUUCGAAGCGAUCUGAUUUAUUACACCACUACUAAUAUAUCUCUAGAAAAUAUGUGCAUAGUGGCAACGAAACACGGAAUGUAACAAUUGAUUAAUAUAGGCAAAUAAAAUAAAUUUUUAUUGUAGUAAAACGUAG